GGUUGUAUGUUGACAACUACAAGUAGGGUUAGGUUUUUCAAAUAAUUUUAAAUUUAAGGAUAAAGAAUUUUUCUAAUGAUUAGGAAAGAAAUAAUUUAUUGAAAAUCAGGUAACAGCAACUAGAAUAUGUUUGCUAGAAUAACUUUAAAUGCUAUAAGGAAUAAGCCGAAGAUAAGAUCAUGGGGUAUAUUAGAUCAACACUUUUGUCGCAGAGAUAAGAGCGAUAAACAUAGCUCCAUAGUGAAAGCGGCUGAUUCAGGUUCAGAAAUUGGGGUUGAUGUGAAGCCUUUAGGUGAAAAAGUUAGAGAAACCACUAAGACUGCUUCGUACAUGGGAGUUAUUUUGUUGGGUGUAGCUGUAACUGGUUCUUUAUUUUAUGCUGUCUUUAGCGAGUUAUUUUCAAGUAAAAGUCCGAACAAUGUAUAUACAAAUGCAGUGAAGAAAUGUUUGUCAGACACAAGAGUAGAAGAUAAGUUAGGGUAUCCAAUUGCUGCUUAUGGUGAAGAAACAAGAAGAGGGAGACGUCAGCAUCCUACACAUGUUGUAUAUAAACGUAAUGGAAAACAGUGUAUUCGAAUGAAGUUCUAUUUGAAGGGAUCAGCUCACAAAGGAACUGUCCAAUUGGAAAUGGUAGAAGAUGAUUCUGGAAAGUAUGAAUAUCGAUACCUUUUUGUUCAAGUAGAAGACCUCUUUCAGACAACUAUUAUCCUUGAGGAUAAUCGCAAUAAGCACGAACACAUUUCAAAGGAAGGCCUCACUUUGAAUUUCAAUGAAUUGAUUAAAUGAGGAAGAGAUUCAAACUAGUAAAAUGUUAUUUUUCAGUCUAUUUUAUUCGGUUUCUUUUCAUAAUACAAAACUAGACGAUUUUCAAAGAUAUAAUUCAUGAUUUUUUUGGCUAUGCAUUGGAUUACUAUAUAUAUUAC